GCGGCAGCAGCAUGCCGAUCUCCUCCACCUCUCGGACGGCGAACAGCGCGUAGCCCGCCGCAUGCUCGAACAACACAUGCAGCACAACCUGCAGAACGGAUAUUUACAAGACUGAACGAUCAACUUCACAAGGUGCCAGCAGGAGAGUCCCUGAAGGAGUCUAUCGAGGAACGGAUGUGAGGGAGGACAGUAACAAGCUUUGGGAUCUGGAGAAGACUCCUUAUAAAGACUGACCUGGACAGGCUGAAGCACAAACCGGUGGAGCCCUGCUCAUCCUAAAGAACACUUCCCUAAACAACUGACCAAGGCUCACAAAGCACGCAAAGGAGGAUGAGCAUGCGAAGAGCAGUGGCGGGUUGCGUGGUGCUGAUGUGCCUGCUGGCUCUCGUGGCCGAGAGAACGGAGGGACACAUCACCUUCUUCAGCCCCAAGGAAAUGAUGAAGAUGAAGCAGCAGAACGGUAAGAAAGACAUGGAGACUCGAUCAGAAGAUGGUCAGUUCGAAGAGGUCAUCGUCCAGCAGGCUCCUCUCGUGGAACAUAAUGGAAAUUCUGAUAACACGGAGGUAGCUGUCCUACUUUUACCCAGACAGAUGGAUCAGGUCCCUCCAGCGCUUGAAGAGAUCCUCCAUUAAAUAGUGGAGCAGAGACAGAGAGGUAUUGGUACCACAUCGGUGCCUCUUAUCUUCUUGAUUUCCCAAGUGAAUAUUAGCACACACAUAUGAGUAGUAAACCUUGAUUAGAAAAGUAUUCUUUGACCAUCAUUCUCUCUUAAAUCUGUGUCUCUGCAGCCAAAUAGCGAGGCCAAGGGCACGGAAGGAGGAAUGCUGUGUAAAUUCUUCAGGAAAGCACUAAAUGUUCAAAUGGUUUGUUGUGUUUAAAUGAAUCAGAGAAUAAAGCGACAUGAUUGUAUCAUU